AGACAUAUGAGGAAGUUUUGCCGCGUUUCUUUGUUUUGGAUCUUCAUGCGCAGUUUUUUUUGACGUUUCGAUACUUCAGAAACCUUUUAUUUCGCUUACGAAUAACGAGCUAAAUGCAAUUUUAUGAUUCUGUGUUGAUUGAACGCAUAUGAGCUAAUUUAGUAUACAGCGUCUCUGUCGACUAGCUACUGUAGCUAGUUAACGUUAGCUAGCAACACAGGAGGCUUUCUUGACGUCAGUCGCUAAGGCUUGCUCAUAUCAUGGAUGGUGAUCAAACCCAGCCUGCCACUCUCCUUUACCGCACCUAAAUCUGAGGGUCCUGAUUGUAAGAGUGGAGCACAGAGUGAACGGCAGGCUCCAGAGAUGGCAUCAGUGAAGCAGGAAGACUGCAGUCAAACACUGGGGCUGAAUGUCAACAUUAAAGAUGAAGUAAAGGAGGAAGAGAUUGAAACAUUUGUGUUUCAUGGGCCGGCUGGAGAGCUCAAAGAAAAAACGGAAGAACACAAAGUCUCACUACUCAAAGAUAAAGGAAAAAGAAAACCGAAAGGAAUGGAGAAGGAAACUGAAAAAAAGAGGCAUCGAUUCACCCCUGGAGAUGAGGAUCUCAUUAUUUCCGGGGUACUUGGGCACUGGGAGGACCUCUUCGGUGCCCAGGCCCACAUUCGCCCCCGGGGGUCAAAGACGGCAACCUGGAACACCAUCGCUGGGACCUUGACCUCGGCUGUGGCGAGAUGUGGUGACGAUGUCAGGAAGAAGUUCAAUCUCAUAAGGAGCCAAGUCAAGCAAAAGGUUUUUUCUAUCCGGACAUUGUCCACCCAGACUGGUGGGGGGGCCAACACCGUGCCUGCGCUGACCGACCUGGAGCAGCAACUUUUCUCCCGAAUGGCAGAGACCGAAGCUGGUGUAGGGCCUGUUGAUUUGGGAUUUGGUCUCUCUCUGGGAGAAAUGUCCAGCUCUGGUCCCCCACCAGCAGCAGAGGGAACUGUGGAGUCAGCUUUACCCUCUGUCACCAUGGAGGAGCUACCCUCCACCUCACCAUCAACACCUUGGCCAGCACCAACAGUGCCACCCCAGCCCAUCAUCUCCCAUCCUGCACCAUCUCACUCUGGCACCGCACCCCAACCCAUCACCUCCCGUCCUGCACCAGCUCACUCAAUCCACUCUCAAUCAAUGAAUCAAAUUUAUUUUAUAAAGCCCUUUUUACAUCAGCAGAUGUCACAAAGUGCUUUACAGAUACCCAGCCUAAAACCCCAAAUAACAAGCAAUGCAGAUGCACUCUCUGGCACUGCACCCCAACCCAUCACCUCCUGUCCUGCACCAUCUCACUCCAUCCACUCUGGCUUUUCUCCCCAACCCAUCACCUCCUGUCCUGCACCAGCUCACUCCAUCCACUCUGGCUCUAUACCCCAACCCAUCACGUCUGGCUGGACACCACAGGGCCCCCAAGCCAAUCUGCUCCAACAAAUCCUGGACACACAAACACAACAAAUCCAUGUUACACAGACCGCCCAACACAUCCACCAAGCUCUUUAUGAUUUACUAGAAAAAGCACAUGAAACACAGAAGGCACACCUGGAUGUGGAGAAGAAUCGGCUCCAGCUGGAUGGAGAGCGCUUGAGGGUGGAGACAGAGCGCCUGCAGGUGGAGAGGGAGCGCCUCCAGCUGGAGAAGGAUCGCCUGGGGGAAGGGGAGGUGCUUCGGCAGCUCUCUGUCUCCGGGUCAGUCGCCCUAGAACACCAGACGCCUGUGAGUUCAAGAACAGGCAGUGCCUCCCCCACCCUUCCUCUGGGAACACCAUCAGCCUCCGUGUCCAGUCCCCUCACAUUAAUAUCACCUACUGCACCACACUUUGACUUCUUAUUUUCCCCUUUCCCAUUACCGGUAAUCACAACCCAUUCCACCCAGCCAUCACAAACCAGCCCUGCCCCAACCUCCCCCACCUUAACCAGCCCUGCCCCAACCUCCCCCACCUUAACCGUUUCUGCCCACUCUCUCAUCCCUCCAACCUCUGGAUCUGUUAAACGGCGAGUUCAGGAGACAGUCCGGCCUUGGCCUGCACCCACUGCUAAGAAUAAAAAACAUCAAUAA